UGAUCGGUACUCGGCAUCGAUUACACUCCCCUGAGCAAGCCAGGGCCUUCCAUGCCUGCAAUGCAAUUGUAGCGUUCAUAUUCUUUACAAUUUCUUGUACUUUUCAGUCCACAUAAACAAAAACCAUGGCGGACGACGAGUUAGAUGCGAUCAGACAGCAACGAAUGGCAGAACUCCAGGCAAAGCACGGGAAUUCAUCAAAGAAUCAGCAAGGGGAGGAGGCCAAACAAAGAGAGACAGAGAUGAGGAAUUCCAUAUUGUCCCAAAUUCUCGACCAGUCUGCACGUGCCAGGUUGAACAGUCUUGCUUUGGUAAAGCCGGAGAAAGCACGUUCAGUUGAGAAUUAUCUUAUUCAAAUGGCUCAGUAUGGAUCAUUGGCAGGAAAGAUUUCAGAUUCGGGCUUGAUUGAGAUCUUAGAAAAAGUCAGCAAGCAAACAGAGAAAAAAACAACAGUCACAUUCAAUAGGCGGAGAGUGAUGGAUUCGGAUGAGGAAGAAGAUUAAAUGGCAACUGGAGCUGUUGAAUGAACCAGGCAAAGAAGGCGAUGCGUUUCACUGGGAUUCCAGUGUGUUCCUGCUAGCACUCUAAAAUGCUGCACGUUUUACAGUGUGUCUUUGGAAGUGACACACCAGAAGUGGAGAACAAGCAUUGACAAAAACAGAUGUUGCAUAGAAUACACACGGUGUCAAAUAUAUUGUUUAGUUGCGGUUUUAUUUCACAUUUGCAUUUAAUUCUUGACAACACAUGACUGGAUUACUUCCGUGCUCGUCCAUCGUGAGUUUCUUUUUCCUACUGCUUUCAAAUGUUCACCCAGAGAGGCUGAAACAGCAGAUGUGUUUCAUGAUUACUCUUAUUACAACUCAUUCUUCUGUCUGGGCCAGCAACUUUGGUCUUCUUUUUCAAGAAACAAACAUGCCUCUUAAACGUUUACAAAAAAUAAAGUUAAAAAAAAGCUUUGA